AAAAAAAAAAAAAAAAAAAAAAGGUUAAAAAAAGAAGGAGCCAAUUAAAGAGAUUAAAACCUAAUUACAAAUAUCAAUGAGACCACGGAUGCUUUAUCUCACUCGGAUAAGAUAACGGCGCAGAUAACGACGGUUCGGCUUUGUUUACUUUUUGUUGAAUUAUUGCAUUCUCUUCUUCUAAUUCGUACUUGGUUCUUUGCCGGAUCUCGUGAAUUUAAAAAAAUGCCAAUGCAACUCGUGCUAUAAUCAGCUGCACGUUAUCUUAUCUGAAAAUCGUUAGAUAGCGCAGAUAAUUGAAUUGGGGGACGGUCAUGGUCUCGGCGAUCUGGGCAGUAGUUGUACCAUCGUAAAUAAAACCGCCUCGUACUGGCUGAGCAUUUAAUGCAGUAGAGAUACUUCAAGGUUAGAGUAUAAAAAUAACAACUUGUGAGACUUGAAAAUUUUAUGUCAUUUUACGCUAAGGCUAAUUAUUCAAUGCGCGUCAAAAUAAAGGGAACGAGCAGGAUUAAUCAUUGUUUACUUAUUCCUUAACUUAUAUCCAUGGAUUUCUCAGAUAAGAGUAACAGCAGCUUAAUUUCAAAAAUUAUUAUCGAGCCCUUUAAAAGCUGUCUUACACUUUAUUUCGCAAGCUCUUGCUCUCGCAAGAUAUGGUAAAGAUUCAAGCUGGAAGAUGACGGACGUUAUAUUGGAUCGUGGCACUACUUAUCUGAGUUCUGAUUUAAAAAAUGAUGUUCCCGUUGCGCUUCAACCUACAACUAGAGGUGGUCUGAGGGUUUAUAAAAUUGUUGUUCUUGGUGAAGGAGGAGUAGGCAAGUCAGCUGUCACAUUGCAGUUUGUUAGUCAUAGCUUUUUGAAUGACCAUGAUCCAACAAUUGAGGAUUCCUAUCAGCAGCAAGCGGUCAUUGAUGGUGAAGCUGCGCUACUUGAUAUUUUAGAUACGGCUGGUCAGGUAGAAUUUACGGCAAUGCGAGAUCAGUAUAUGCGUUGUGGAGAAGGUUUUAUGAUCUGUUAUUCCGUGACUGAUCGUCAUAGCUUUCAAGAAGUUAUAGAAUAUCGUAAAUUGAUAUCACGCGUUAGAGCUAGUGAAGAUAUUCCUCUCGUACUCGUUGGAAAUAAAUUUGAUUUGCAGCAUCUACGCGAAGUAACUACAGACGAAGGAAAAGUUUUAGCCAACCAACUUGGCUGUCCAUUUUAUGAGACAUCCGCUGCACUUCGUCAAUUUAUCGAUGAUUCAUUUUAUUCUUUAGUAAGACAAAUUCGUAUGAAAGAGAGAUCACGCUCAACUUCACAUAAACAUAGUCGUUGGUGGAGAUUGCGUUCAAUUUUCGCCUUCAUUUUUAAAAGAAAAUCGCGACGAAAUUCGCAUUACUCUCCUUGAAGAAAGCAGCUAACUUGUGAAUCAUACAUAGUGUUAACACAACGAAAUUUGUAAGACGAGUGUGCUUUCCAACAGAUGAGAACUUAAUCAUUUUAGUUCCUUUAGGUGCAGGCGCCUUAUUCUGUAUUAAAAAUAACCAAAUUAAGU